GCUCCUUUUGACUGACCCUUCCUAACACUCUAACAGGGCUUUUGCUUUAUCCUCCUUUCUCCCCAAAAACACCAUUGAAAGCAGAAUAAGGAGAUGGAGAAGGGAAUUUGAUCAAUAAAUAUGGCGACUCGGGAAGAAUUCAAGGUAGUGGUAGUGCCGUCGGAUCGUCACGGCAUAGACCCACGACCACUUACAUCAUCUGAAGCCACCACCGAAGAGAACUGGCACGACUGCCCUUCCGAUCUUGCCUAUAACGACGACGAGUUCCCAGCUCUUGAUGCUUUGCAAUUCUUUCGCCUUGAAUCUACUUCUGAUAAAUCCGGCAAUCGCAUAUUUCGAAUCGUUGGCAAAUACUUCCCUGUUGGUGGUUUGGGAUUGGGGAUUAUGAUUAUGAUUUUAUCUCAUUCAGCUUCCACAAUAGCCCCAGUGAUCCAUGGCGAAUGGCUAAAGAAAUACAUAAUAUACAAAAUCUCAACAGAAUUGCCACAAGGCCCUUUUUGCAUUGUCUACAUGCAUUCCACCGUUAGAAAUGAAUACAACAACCCCGGAAUCACCAUCUUGAGAUGGAUCUACGAAGACCUUCCUUCAGACUUCAAGGACCGCCUUCAAGUUCUCUACUUUGUUCAUCCCGGAAUCCGCUCCAGGCUCCUUAUGGCCACCCUCGGCCGCUUCCUGUUAAGCGGAGGGUUAUAUUGGAAGGUGAAGUAUGUGAGUAGGUUGCAGUAUCUGUGGGAGGAUAUGAAGAGAGGAUCGAUUGAGAUUCCGGACUUUGUGGCUGAACAUGAUGAAGUUCUUGAAAAUAGACCAUUGACUGAUUACGGGAUCGAACCAGACCCGCUUCAUUUCACGGGACUUCCUUCCAAUAGUUUUUCGUAUGGGAGGUAUGAAGACAGGUGGACGUCUCGUGAACCUAUGUCUUAAAUCUUGUCUCAAUACUGAAAAGUUGAUGGAUGUGUCAUGUCUUGUGUACAACAAGUAUGUAUGUUAAAGAUGUUAGUUUUGUCUGAAUUGCUACUGUGGGUAAAGAAUAAAGUGUGUAAUGUUGCUUAUUUUGGGAAAGUUGGUUGCUAUUUCAUGCAAUUAGUCCAUGUACAUGUGGUCUCAAAAUGAUAUAUGACAAAGCUCUCAAAAUUCCGUCUCAUGUACUACUUUACUUUCAAACGGAAUCUUAAUUAAGACUUGCAUUUCUUUCCCA